AUCGAUGUACAGGUUUUAACCUAAUCUCGCGUGUUCUUAUUUCCCCUCAAACUCUGUUUCGGCCGCCACUCUCUUGUUUCCGUCUCACGCUCAGUCGUCAUUGCUCUCAUCUGCCAUUGAGGCUUUGCUGCAGAAGCUCUCUUUAUUCAGUCUUGGACGAGAUGAAGGUGGUCGCUGCAUAUUUGCUCGCUGUUUUGGGAGGGAAGACCAGCCCCUCAGCUGCUGAUUUGAAGGACAUUCUCGGAUCAGUUGGAGCUGAGGCCGAUGGUGACAGGAUUGAGUUGCUGUUGUCUGAAGUCAAGGGCAAAGAUAUUACAGAACUAAUUGCUUCUGGAAGGGAGAAGUUGGCGUCUGUUCCAUCUGGUGGUGGUGCAGUUGCUUAUUCAGCACCUGCGGCUGAUGCUGGUGCUGCAGCUCCUGCCGCUGCUGAGCAGAAGAAGGAAGAGAAGGUCGAAGAGAAGGAAGACACAGAUGAUGAUAUGGGAUUCAGCCUUUUCGACUAAGAGACUUUCAUCUGGUGCUUUGCCUGUAUCAGAACUUCUCAUUUUCAUUAAUACUUUCAUAUCGGUGUUAUGUUAUUAAGUUUCCAUUUUGUAGUUGGAUUCUCAAAAAAUUUUGGUUAGAUAUGCAAGGGAUCAAAGAGAUUGCGUCAGAUAAUUUUUGAAUUUUAUCUAUUUGAGUUGAAUUAUGGUUGCU